CGCAGCCAUGCUUCGCAGCAGAAUCGCGUGGUCCUACUGCGCAUGCGCUGCCAUUGGCCUGAAUCUGCUGGCCUACAUCCGCGGCUCCGCGCUUCUGCAGACGGGUGUUAUUGGGGGGCAGAUCCGCAGUACGGCACUCUCAGCUCCGCACGGUCAGAUCCGCACGGUUAGAGACUCGGAUCUGCUGCAGUUAAUAUGGAGAGCCGCGGAUGGAUUCAUCCAUCGGUUCGGAAAAAAGGGCAACAACCAGAGCCUCAAAGAUGCAUCAGAGUGCGCGGCACAAAUCUGUUUCAGUGCCCGUUCUGCAGUCUCUCCAAGUUCAAAGCAGCAAAGCCGUACAAGGUGCAGCUCCAUCUGGCCUGGCACGCCCGGGGAGCGGUUGAAUAUGGAGGCUACACCAUGUACCGAUGUGGGUUUGAAUGUAGACCAAAAUUACAUUUCCACUGUCCAGGCUGCACAACCACUAUAAUUCGUAAAGAGGAUUUCUUCAGACAUUUUGGAAUAUGCAAACAUUCUCGUUUCUUCAACACCACAUCAAACAACAGUACACCCUCAUCGACACCCCCUGCUGCAAUCUCUACAUCUACCUUGACACCUCCUGUCACAGACCCUCCAGCCACUGAUGCACCUCCUGCCACAGACCCUCCAUCCACUGCAGCACCUCCUGUCACAGAUCCUACACCCACUGAUGCACCUCCUGCCACAGACCCUACACCCACUGAUGCACCUCCUGCCACAGACCCUACACCCACUGAUGCACCUCCUGCCCACCUCCCCAGUGUUGAAAUGAAACUAAAGGAGAUCCGAGUUAGAAACAUUAUUCAGGUGAAUUGUCCGCACUGUUAUUUGCUUUUAAAUAAGAAAAACUUAAAAACACACAUUCAGAGAAAACACACAAAGCGAGAGGUCAUGGAGAUGCCUGUCAUUUCCAAUCUACAGAGCAUACCCUCAGAAAGCUUCUGAGUUCCCCACUGUCUAUAGAAGACAACUCUAAAAAAACAGAUUUUCAGAAGAGUCUCUUUUUUUUUUUUACUUUCUACAGCCCAGAUCAUCAUAUCUGGAUCUUGAGUCCAGCUUCCAGUUCUGGAUUUUGUCAUUUCUGAAAAUUAAGUAGUCCUUAAUAUUUGGCCUUCUGCGUCAAGUUUUACUGCGUCAAUCCCUGCAAAGCCAAAUAUGUUAAUUUUGAAAAUAGAGUGAUCUGGUUAUUUUAUACAAGAGUAUUUCUGGCCACAUCACAUGUUUUACUGAUUGCUUUUGCUGGUUACCUGAGAAAGUGACUUUUGGGUUUACCAGAGCAACAUCUGCGUAUCCAUCGUUAACCCAGAGACUGACCUUCUCACCAGAGAGGUCUCUAAAAUCCCUCUAAAAAUUUCAGACUGCCACUUUAAGAAAACAGCUGGGGUAGUGAAUUGAAAAACUGGAUUCAAGGUCCAGAUUUGAUGCUGGGACUAAAUGAUAAACUUAGUGUAUUAGUUUAUAUGAAGGAAUCUGUGAGAUUGCUUCAUAGAUCAGGAAUAUACAGUAGGUUAAACCAGAUUUAGCACUUUUUUUUUAAUUAUUUAUUUUGUUACAAUUAUUUAUGAUUUAUGUAAUGUGCCAUUAUGUACAGCAAAUCUGUCCAGCAAAUAAAUUAACAAUUUUGUUGCUGUUUUUUAUUUAAUUGGUUUAUACAAUAUGUCUUUAGAACCACCUAGCACAGGGAUUUCUCUGCAAAGCUACAUAAUUCACAAAAAGCCUCUUAGAGGACAACCAGUAAAGGUUAGUUUAUUUAACAGAACCAUGAAAAAAAAAAUACUUUUUAUACUUUUUUUUUAUUUAAGGACACAGCAGCAUUUUGGUUACCAGUUUUUUUAAAUCAGUAGUAAUGUGGGGCCUAUCAAAGUUAGGGAUUUUGUAGUCUGGAAAAUGUACAAUCAUUUAUUUUCUGACAGUAAAUUGGAAUCAAUGGGGACAUUAUGGAAUAUAUAAGCAAUAAACAAAGUGCAGUGUCUCAUAUUUACUGAACCCAAGACCUUUCAUAUUUUGUCUGGUAAACUUUAAUUGUAUUAAUAAUUACUAAACCAGUGUUACAAACAAGUACUUUAAAAAUAUAAAGCAAUUAAUUUAGGUCUUCAUUUCAGAUCCUACCUGAGCUUGAUCAGUAAAUAAAAUUGUCUUGUUGAAGUAUCCAGCCCCGGGGCUUUAACUUGAACUUUCUCACUGAUUCUUGAACAUUGUUCUCAAGAAUCUGCUGAUAUUGACUAGAAUCCAUGCAGUAUUAGUAUUAGUAAAGGUAUUGAAAAGAAAAAAAAA